AUGUACACUCCGUUGAUGGAGUUCCUGUAUAAAGAGCAGAACAAUGAGAGCAACAAGCGACGAGUUUUCAUGGGGGAGGAGGAUAAAGUAGACGAGGAAAUUGGGAAGAUAUCCGCCUUGCGUAAGCAGCUCGAGAAGAGAAUACUAGCUUUCGAAUCAUACGUGGCCACCACUGGCCUUGCCACAGAUGGGGACAUCCAAACUUAUGAUACCAUCGAUAUUCCUCAGGAAGUCCCAGUCAGCACCAGGGCUGGUGUAAAAAGGUCACGCGUAGCACACCCUGAAGGCCAUGCUCUACAGCAGUCCAACAAACGGAAGCGUGGGAGACGCACUGGUCAUUGA